AUGGGCGGCCUCCUCGACAUCGCCGCCGCGAUCGUCAUCGUCCUCGCGCUGCCAUUGCUCCUCGCGGGCUACCACUACCGCCGCUAUGCAGGCGUCUGUACCGGCUUCUUCCUCGGCGCUGGCUUUGCCGUCGCGUUCGGCGCCAUCGGCUUUGCGAUUCUCGCGAUCGCGCUGGGUAUGGCGGUGCUGGGCGGACUCUGUCUUCGCGGCAGCGGCCUCUGCACCGUCGCCGCCGCCGUCGCCGCUCUCAUGCUAGCCCUCUGCGAUGCACAUGACGUGGCCAGCGCGACGGCCAACGUCGUAUCGCUCGUCGUAUCGGGCGUUUUCGGUGCGUUUGGCAGCGACGUCUACGCAGCGAUCGUGCUGGCUUCGGCGCUGGACGGCGCGCUCGUCGUGACGGCAUGCGGCCUCGUGUGGACAGACAACCUCGACCAUAACGCGCUCUCGGUGCCGUCGCUCUGCGUUCUUCUCUGGCUUGGUGCGCUCGGGUGCAUCGUCCAAGUCAAGUGCACGUCGCCACCCCACCGACAACGACCGCCGCACCGCUUCUGGCGCCAGAAGAGCCCUAACCCCAGCGACAUGGCCGAGCCGUGCCAGACGAUCGACUCGCGGAUGUAA